AAGGCGACACGCUCGUUUGUUUUGAUGAGGAGGAAAGACGAAUGAAAGGGAAGAAAAGAUGAGAUAUUAAGUGUUUGACUCGACUUAAACUGAAGGAUAUAUUGUCGUUUAUCAUCUCUGCUAAAGACAAAAUGUACAUGUUUGUCCGGAUAUGUCUUCUCCUGGUUCUUCACUCUCUGGCACUUGCUGUUGUGCCAAGAGAAGAGAGAAAGAGAAAUGUCCUUUUCAUCAUGGCAGAUGAUUUGCGGACAUCACUGGGUUGCUACGGGGACCCUGUGGUCAAAUCACCAAACAUUGAUCAACUGGCAUCCAAAAGCCAAGUUUUUCUUGAUGCGUAUGCACAGCAAGCUGUGUGUGCUCCCAGUCGCACAUCUAUGUUGACGAGUCGCAGACCAGACACCACCAGGCUCUACGACUUCAAUUCCUACUGGAGAGUCCAUUCUGGGAACUACACGACCAUGCCACAGUACUUUAAAUCCAGAGGGUACUACACCAUGUCUGUGGGCAAGGUGUUUCAUCCAGGUAUUGCCUCUAACCACACUGAUGACUACCCCUACAGCUGGUCCAUCCCCGCCUACCACCCAGCUUCAUUUAGAUUUGAGAAAGAAAAGAUGUGCAAAGGAGAAGAUGGUAAACUUCAUGCCAACUUACUGUGUGCAGUGAAUGUGACCGAACAGCCCGGGGGAACCCUCCCCGACAUGGAGAGCACAGACGAGGCAGUGAGGUUACUGAAGACUCGAGCCAGCGACGACGUUCCUUUCUUCUUGGCUGUGGGCUUUCACAAACCACACAUACCCUUCAGGAUACCACAGGAGUACCUGAGCCUGUAUCCCAUAGACCAAAUGACUCUGGCUCCUGACCCCAAUGUCCCUAAACUCCUUCCACCUGUGGCCUACAACCCCUGGAUGGACGUGAGGAAGAGAGACGACGUCCAAAAACUCAACGUCAGCUUCCCAUAUGGACCAAUUCCUAAAGACUUCCAGCUGCGUAUCCGUCAGCACUAUUACGCUGCCGUCUCUUAUAUGGACGCUCAAGUUGGUCGCUUGCUCAGUGCUCUGGAUGAGCUGGGGCUGGCUGACAGCACUAUGGUGGUGUUCACCUCAGAUCAUGGUUGGUCGUUAGGAGAACACGGCGAAUGGGCUAAAUACUCUAAUUUUGAUGUGACAACACGCGUCCCUCUAAUCUUCUACGUUCCUGGCGUCAACAGAUUCAAUGAGUGGCUGGGAGAGUUUACCUUUUCCUUUGUUGAUGUCCUCACACAAUCGGAGCUCAGCUUUAAGAAUGCCAAAGUAGGAAGAAAUGUGGUGGAGCUGGUGGAUGUUUUUCCUACCGUCUCGUACAUGGCUGGCCUCGGAGCACCUGAACCCUGUCCUGAUGUUUCUUUCCAGGAGAAGUUGUGUACAGAAGGACACAACCUGGCCUACACCUUCCAACACAGAGAACAAGGAGAGGAUGAGGAAGCCAUAUCUUUCAGCCAGUACCCUCGACCUGCGGAUACGCCACAGGUGAACUCUGACCUCCCUGACCUUAAAGAUAUAAAGGUCAUGGGCUACUCUCUGCGCUCCUGGGACUAUAGAUACACUCUCUGGCUGGGAUUCAACCCUCAAACAUUUCAGGUGAAUGUAUCCGAUGUCCACGCUGGAGAGUUGUACAUGUUAGCAGGCGACCCUGGGCAGGAUGAGAACAUCUAUAGUGAACCUGACCACAGUGUGAUGAUGAGAAAAAUGGCCAGUCUGCCUCAUACUUUGAGUCUGCAGAUGAGAAUGAGGCUGCAGCUCCUCUACCUCACAGCAGGGAUGAAAACGAAGAGAACAAAGGCAUGAUGAUGAAAAUAAAACACAACAGAUGGACGAACAGAGACGAGUACAAAGGGAAGAUGGAUGGAUGAGAAACUUCAUCAAGAAAAGGGAGAAUGCCUUGAAUAUUUCUUUUAAUGUAAUGCAGUUGAUUCAGUAUAAGGCGAUAUCAAUAUUAAUCUUUCAGGCUCAGUUCUUCAGGCUAAUGUUUCUCGUUAAGAACUCAUUGGCAGGCAGAUCUGGUUUCAACUCAUAAGAAAAGUGAAUAAGAAAGCACUUGUGCUGUUUCUUUUAAGAUAGUUCACCCUUUAAGGGAAAAAAAAGAAGAGAAACAUCCAAAUGUGCACAGAAACUUGAAAUUGGCUCAUCUUCCUGCUGCUUAACACAACUUUCCAGUGUUUUCACAGUUUGGCCUCUUCACACCUGCCAUUUAUUUGUGUCAUUCUAAUUUUACAUCACUCCAGUUUUAGCAGUCAGUCGAUAGGUUUCUGUUUAUCUACAGCACUUCAAAGAGGAGCUCAACUUUCUGGGAAAUGGGCUUCUUCAGUUUCAUUUAGGGGAAUUAGAUGAGAAGAUUAAUACAACUCUCUUGUCUGAAAACUAAAACUAAAUAUAAAGCGAGCUUUGCUUCCUGUUGGCAAUUACCUUAGCAUAGCAUAGAAGACUGAAAGCAGGGGAUCCUGGCUCUUUAAAGCUAAUUUAUCAACACAUGUUUAUAUUUGUUUUAAUGUGUGCACUAACAAAUGUGAAAAUGACUUGCUAAGUUUCCAGGAACUCGCCGCACCCGGGCAGAAAGUUCCAGCACUUAACUCUCCGUUAAACCACAGCUUGUCGUUUUUUACAUCUCUGUUGGUGUGCAAACACUUGAGAUAAAAUGUGCUACUUACUAAAGUUUAGGAGUUCUGUUUGGCAUUUAUUUUAAACAUUUAUUUAAGAGCCAGGCUAGCUGUUUACCCCUGAUUUAAGUCUUUAUGCUAAGCUAAGCUAAUUGAAGCUGGCUGAGGGGAAAAAAUAAAUUAUUUCCCAGUAUAGAUUUGUAAUCACACUGCACAGAUGUCUGAGCAGCUGGACUGGACAACCUUAUUUCAGACAUUACAAGGAAGCAUGAACUCCUGAUUGACGCGCCUGAUUGGCUACGACAGCACCACCUCCACCAUGAAAAUGAUUACAUCAUAUUUUAAGAGCUGUUACCUGCUAAGAAGUCUUUUCAUCUGAAGUAAUAUUGAGGGAACCUGAAGAAUUAGCCCAUUUGAUUAAUAGCGACACUGGCCUCUUUCUGAGUGUACUAUUGAUCAUCCAGUCUGCUUCAGGUGGAGUCUCUUCACUUUGAAGUACAACAGCUAAAAGGGACUUCCACAGUUUUGUACUGUAGUGUUAAACAAUAUGACAUUUCUAUUUGCACUUGAUGUCACUUGCAGCCAUUUGCCUCCCCUCCUUGUAAACAGUCAGUUCAGAUCAAUUUGUGGACCCAAAAUGAAGUGAGUAAAAGCCACCCAUAAUAAUUCAAUGCAAAUGAAACUGUGUUGCUACGUUUUACUGCUGUUCCAGUGCAUGAACAUUUUGUGCUGUGGCAAUUUAGAAGAAAGCAAUUACAGCUUGAAUUUCAGGUCCAACAAUGAAUCGAAGCCAGUGUAGCCUACAAUAAAAGUUGACAGACCAAAUCUCCUCAUGUUAAUGGGUUGCAGAUGAAUCAUGUAUUCAGUGUGGUUCCAUCAUAUGUCAGGAUGUUGGCAAAUUCUCAACAUUGGAGUGAAUUGGCUUGUUUUUUCUUUUCUCAUUUCUUCCCCUGUUGACCUCAUUAGAUUUGUGACUGUUGCUUAGUGUUUUCAGUGUGUCCUAUAAAAUAAUAUGGAACAAUGGAUAUAACAGCAAUAUAAACUGUCCAUACAGAUGCUGACAAUGGAAAGAUGAGUUUAUCCUUGAGUUUGGUUGCGUCAGAGCAGCCCUCAAGAAGCCUGAGCUCCAGCUUUCUGAAGGGAAAAUAAAAAAUAAAUGCUGUAGAAAUAAUUCACAUCUCAAGCUUGGCAAGGACACACUGUUAAUAUAUUUAUGUGUGUUUCGAUUUGUGUGUAGGAAAAAAUAAAGUAUUUUUGCAGCAGAA